CCCGCCACAUCCGAGGCCGUUCGAGAGCCCACAGGGCUCUCCUGGUCUGACAUUUAUCGGUGAGACAGCAGGGCUUUGGCGUCAGGGCCCCCGCGUAGGAGAUAAAGUCUGAGGAGGUGAACGAACCUCCCGAACACGCCCUUGGCCUUUAGGUCCGGGUGAUAGCGGAACGUACGGUGAGGGGGGCGUCUGUGUUCUCGCCGCGGUGCUCCUUCCAACUCCAGCUGGCAGGGAAACUGUCUUCCUCUCUAAGAUGUACAGAACCAAAGUGGGUUUGAAGGACCGUCAGCAGCUCUACAAGCUGAUCAUCAGCCAGCUGCUCUAUGAUGGCUACAUCAGCAUUGCUAAUGGCCUCAUCAACGAAAUCAAGCCUCAGUCUGUCUGUGCACCCUCAGAGCAGCUCCUGCAUCUCAUCAAACUAGGUAACUCGUGCGUGCAAGUUCCUUGUGUCCGUGACAAGGUUUCAGAUGUUUUCCACCAGUGCUAGAGGGUGAAGGAGUAGGCAGAGAUCCAGAUUGUGAUGGUGUCCAGCCGGUUCUGGGCAAAGGAUCGGUAUACGAAUCAUCUGGAGCUUUCUGCCAUUGUUACGGACUUGGUUGAAGGCUCAGCUCAAGUGGUCACCUCAGAUGCCUCUUCUUCUCUUCUAAAAUAACCCAGGAAUGGAAAACGAUGACACUGCGGUUCAGUAUGCAAUUGGUCGGUCAGAUACAGUCGCCCCUGGCACAGGAAUUGACCUGGAGUUUGAUGCAGACGUCCAGACUAUGUCCCCAGAGGCCUCAGAGUACGAGACAUGCUAUGUCACAUCCCACAAAGGACCAUGUCGUGUAGCUACCUAUAGUAGAGAUGGGCAGUUAAUAGCUACUGGAUCUGCUGAUGCUUCCAUAAAAAUACUUGACACGGAAAGAAUGUUGGCCAAAAGUGCCAUGCCAAUAGAGGUCAUGAUGAACGAGACCGCACAGCAGAACAUGGAAAACCACCCAGUGAUCCGAACUCUCUAUGACCACGUGGAUGAAGUCACAUGUCUCGCUUUCCACCCAACAGAACAGAUCCUUGCUUCUGGUUCAAGGGAUUACACUCUUAAAUUAUUCGAUUAUUCCAAACCAUCUGCAAAAAGAGCCUUCAAAUACAUUCAGGAAGCUGAAAUGUUACGUUCCAUCUCUUUCCAUCCCUCCGGAGACUUUAUACUUGUUGGGACUCAGCAUCCUACUCUUCGGCUUUAUGACAUCAACACCUUUCAGUGUUUUGUCUCUUGCAAUCCUCAAGAUCAACACACCGAUGCUAUAUGUUCCGUUAAUUACAAUCCUAGCGCCAAUAUGUACGUGACUGGUAGCAAGGACGGCUGCAUCAAAUUAUGGGAUGGCGUUUCAAAUCGAUGCAUCACAACUUUCGAGAAAGCACAUGACGGUGCUGAAGUUUGUUCUGCCAUUUUUUCUAAAAAUUCUAAAUACAUCCUGUCAAGUGGAAAAGACUCUGUAGCUAAACUUUGGGAAAUAUCAACAGGACGAACGCUGGUCAGAUACACAGGCGCUGGCUUGAGCGGACGGCAGGUGCACCGGACGCAGGCCGUGUUCAACCACACGGAGGACUACGUGCUGCUGCCGGACGAAAGGACCAUCAGCCUCUGCUGCUGGGACUCGCGGACGGCCGAGCGCCGGAACCUGCUCUCCCUGGGCCACAACAACAUCGUGCGCUGCAUCGUGCACUCGCCCACCAACCCCGGCUUCAUGACCUGCAGCGACGACUUCCGGGCGCGGUUUUGGUACCGGAGGUCGACCACGGACUAGGGCCACCUGAGCUGCCCGCGUUAGCAGGGCCUUCCCUGAGGCCUCUGCCCCUCCUUCCCCGGGCCCGUCACCAGCUCAGUAGUAAGUCGUUGUACCAUCUUCGGCGGUUGUGCCGCCACCUGUACGUGCGUCUGGAAUUUGUACAAAAGAAUCUUUUUUUACCUUGAUGGAGAAUCAUGGUGGAAAAAGUUGGAAACAGAUCUGUGCAGUUGUUCUGCAUUCACUGAUUAUUCCAGUGUGAUUUUCAUCGGUUUUGUAAAUACAGGACUAGCCGUUUCUCUUGACUCUCUUGAUCAUUUGAAGAAGGAUAGGGUAUUAAAGUGUGUACUAGACUCAAGUGGAUCUGCCAUGAGGACUUGUCAUUGGGAUAAUUUGUCACCUUUCCUGCCUGUUCUACAUCCCCUUUGUGUGCUUCCUUUCAAAAUACACCUGGGCAGAUAAGUAGGCAUAUGCAGCUCUGAGAAUCAAGAGUUUUGUGCCACAUUAAAACCGCUUUAGAAAAAUCCAUCAAUUCUAUCUUAAAAUUCUGACAGUAUUCUGACACAUUCUGAUAAUAAAGCUCAGAUCUGCAACGUCA